GAAACACCUUCCGUUACCGAGUUCACGGACUCGUACGGGCGGGCUUUUCCUUACAUGAGCGAAACGUACAUCUGAGCACGCUUUCGUUCACAGAAAGUUAUAAACGCACAUACAGGCUUCAAUAUUACCUAAACCAACAGCGGUCUAUUUGACUUUGUGCUGAGAGAAGCCUGCGCCUGGCCAGGCACAAAGCAAGGCCGCCAGAAUGAAGCUCACGGACAAUGUGCUGCGGAGUUUCAGGGUUGCGAAGGUUUUCCGAGAAAAUUCCGAUAAAAUCAACUGUUUUGACUUCAGCUCGAAUGGCGAGACGGUGAUAUCGAGCAGCGACGACGACUCGAUUGUCUUAUAUGACUGCCAGGAGGGAAAACCCAAACGGACACUGUACAGUAAAAAGUAUGGAGUUGACCUCAUCAGAUAUACACAUGCUGCCAAUACAGUCGUCUACAGUUCCAACAAAAUUGAUGACACUAUACGGUACCUGUCGCUACAUGACAAUAAGUACAUUCGUUACUUUCCUGGGCACAAUAAGAGGGUUGUUGCACUUUCCAUGUCUCCUGUUGAUGAUACCUUCAUCUCUGGCUCCUUGGAUAAAACGAUUCGGCUAUGGGAUCUUCGCUCUCCCAACUGUCAGGGACUGAUGCAUCUGCAGGGGAAGCCAGUGUGCUCAUUUGAUCCUGAGGGCCUGAUAUUUGCUGCAGGAGUCAACUCUGAGAUGGUCAAACUUUAUGACCUGCGAUCUUUCGACAAAGGUCCCUUUGCUACAUUUAAACUACAGUAUGAGCGAACAUGUGAGUGGACCGGCCUCAAGUUCAGCAAUGAUGGCAAACUUAUCCUGGUCUCCAGCAAUGGAGGAACACUUCGACUGCUUGAUGCUUUCAAAGGAGCUGUACUACAUUCGUUUGGGGGCUACAACAACAGUAAAGGUGUGAUUCUGGAAGCUUCCUUCACCCCAGACUCUCAGUUUGUAAUGAUUGGUUCAGAGGAUGGGAAGAUCCAUGUAUGGAAUGCCGAGAGUGGAAUGAAGGUGGCGCUCUUGGAUGGGAAACAUACAGGGCCUGUCACCUGCCUACAGUUUAAUCCCAAAUUCAUGACAUUUGCUAGUGCCUGUUCGAACAUGCUGGUGCUGGGGGCGUACCGAGAGCCGUCUCAGUCCUGGGAGAAAGAUUAUGACCACUUUCUGCUUCCUCUGCUGGACCCUCAGGAGCCCUGCUACGUCCUCUACCGCCUAGACUCCCAGAAUGCGCAGGGCUAUGAGUGGCUCUUCAUUUCCUGGUCACCUGACCAGUCUCCAGUCAGGCAGAAGAUGCUGUAUGCUGCCACUCGUGCAACAGUGAAGAAAGAAUUUGGAGGAGGCCAUGUCAAAGAUGAGAUCUUUGGCAAUGUGGAAGAUGAUGUGUGUCUUCAGGGUUACCUGCGUCAUGUUUCUUCCAGUUCCGGCCCGGCUCCACUCACAGCUGCUGAACAGGAGCUGCAGCGAAUCAAAAUCACUGAGGGCAGGGUAAAGCAGGUGAAAACAGAGAUCAGUGUGGAAACUAAACAUCAGACUCUGCAGGGUCUGGCCUUUCCGCUGCAGGCGGAGGCCAAGCGUGCUCUACAGCAGCUCACAGAGAGACGCAUUAACUACAUUCAGCUGAGGUUGGACACAGAGAAGGAGACGAUUGAGCUGGUGCACACUCGGCCCACAGAGACGCGUGACCUGCCCUGCAGAAUCCCCAAAGACACGCCCCGCUACCACUUCUUCCUCUACAAACACACCCAUGAGGGAGACUACCUCGAGUCUGUGGUGUUCAUCUACUCGAUGCCAGGUUAUCUGUGCAGCGUUAAGGAGAGGAUGCUGUAUUCUAGCUGUAAGAGUCGGCUGCUGGAGGAGGUGGAGCGGGAUUACCACAUAGCGGUGGUCAAAAAGUUGGAGAUAGACAGUGGUGAAGAGCUGACAGAGGAGUACCUGUACAAUGAGGUUCAUCCUAAGCAGCACGCUCACAAGCAGGCCUUCGCCAAACCCCGCGGCCCUGCAGGCAAGAGAGGAAACAAGCGUCUCAUUAGAGGAGGAGGAGAGAACGGAGAGAACAGCUAGAGAGAGAACUGAACGUUCUGUCAGUGAAUCCGAGGCUGUCUGCUGAAGUCGAGCAGCCUCUUUGCUUGUGAGGAACAGGGCGAAAGAAGCCGGAACGUUGCCUCCAGUUGUUUGUAUUCUUCCUGAUUGUGAUUUUUGUGAUUUUUACUUCUGUGGCUUGUGUUUCAUUUUCAUAAGAUGUCUUUCUUUUUGGCAAACUCGCGCACACAUCAACAAGGAAAAAGAGAAAGCUCAGGAAUUCAUCAUGUCUCUACAAACUAUCCACAUUUUGUGAUGCACUCAGAAAUGGGGACACAAGUUGAGAAACACCUACACAUAUGCAUAAUAAUCUGAGGAUGGACAAAAAAAAAA